AUGCUUAAGGGAAUGGGGAAAGGUUGUGCUGUACGAUUUAGGGACGGGAGCGCAGCGAACACACUGGGCGAGACGGAACAGUCUUGUGCUGGUCGCUCGUGUUACGGGCAGAUGUUCGUGUUGAGCCGUGUGCCGCCAGUUUUCUCGCGCAAUGGUUUCUCGUUGAGCAAGAUUAAUAGAGGAUGCACUCUGUCCUUGGGUUCCGGUAUACGUCGUUUUGGUUGCGGCGGGCUCGACGCUCGCUCGAGUGCUUGGUGCGGUCAACCGCGCUGCUUCGUCCACACACCCAGUUUCCCGCGCGUGCUGCGAGGCGAGAAAAAGCAGCGCAGCAUUGGUGCGCAAGGUUCCCGGCGAACUGUUAUGGUAGCGCUCACGUCGAAGCCGGUGCCGUGGAAGCGCCUCGCGGGCUGGUUCGUGGACGGUUUCCCUGUGUGGUGCAUGUUGGCGUCGUAUCUCGCGCUGAGGUAUCCUCAGGUGUUCAUUUCCGCACCAUUCGUUACGAGUCCACAGGGCGUGACCUUCGGUUUAUCGCUUAUCAUGCUGUCUAUGGGUAUGACGCUAACCUGGCAAGAUGUGGGUCGGUGUCUGGGUUUGCAGCCGCCCGCCAUGGAGGCAGGUACGCCAUCGGGGACGCUGGCGACCUCAUCGAUGGUACGCCGCGCAGUCCUCGUGAAUACGAUCAUGUGCUUCGUGGUCAUGCCGCUGGUUGCUUACCUACUUGCAAAGACAGUGAUGACCUCAACUGCAGUCGUUUCAUCGCUCUUAGGUGCAUCGCUGGACACUGUCAAAGCUGUCCCAGGUGGUAUGGAUGCGGCUAGUAAGGCUCUCAAGUCAGCGAUCCUGACUGGCAUGGUCCUGCUAGGAUCCGUAUCUGGCGGACAGGCAAGUAAUCUGUGUACGUAUAUCGCCAAGGGCGAUGUCGGCAUGUCCGUUACAAUGACCACCGCCACGACGCUUCUCGUCACGGUGGCGUUGCCGCUGAUCACCUCGCUGUUGCUGGGGGCGGCAGUACCAGUUGACGGCGCUCGUUUGGCCACCUCAACGGCACGCGUCGUCCUGCUGCCUCUGGCGCUUGGUAUUGCUUUGAAUACCUAUGUUUUACGAACAAACGAAGCCCGCAGCAGACUGGCACCAUGGCUACCGGUUCUUGGUGUUGCUGCGACCCUGUUCACCAUCGUGGGUGCCCUAUCACCAGUCUCCGCAACGGUGCUUGCUGCUCUGAGUGAAACUCCUUUGGUGCUGGCAGUGGCCGGCUUUCAUAUUUUUGGCGGUUUCCUCGGUUAUUACAUUUCGAAACGAAUGCCAGGUUUCUACGGCGAUGAAGCCACUGCGCGCACCAUCUCCAUCGAGACGAUGUUCAAGUCGCCAGCGCUAAGUUUCAUUCUCGCGGCGAAGCACUUUGACGGUGCCUGGGUUCUCGUACCGUCGUCAAUUAGCCUUGUUGUGCUGGCGCCUAUCGCUGCAGCGUAUGCAGUUUUGCUGCGCCGUUCCGCGAGCCUGAGCUUUCCAGCGUUCAUGGCGGGCGCCUCGAGCCUGACUCCCUUCAGAAAUCUCAAACAAGUGCCGCUCGGCAGCGCUGCACCGUCACCGCAGCCCGUUGUUCGUUCCAAUGUGCUCACCGUCGGAGAAACUCGAGUGAAGUCGCAGCCGCCCACAGCGCUGCCGAUUGUGACCGCUCCGGGCCGUCUCCUGCAUCCGCGGGUACGUGUCUACUUUCGAAACGCUCCGAAUCCCGUGAUCGUACCAAAAAGCGAGCUGAGAAACUUUUUGCUGAAAAUGCGGAAAAUGAAAGGAAUGCAGGUGGUUAAGAUCGUGGAAGUGUGA